UUUCAGAAUCUCCUGGAAACCGUCAUUGUUUCGGAGCUGCAGCACAGCUGCUAAUUUUUCAUCUGCCAUUUAAAGCUAACUCUUCACUUUUAAUCAUGAAGGAUGACAAACACAGGAUAUUAACAAAAAAAUAUCAGGGGAAAAUAAAAUUAAAUGAGGAAUAUGCGGAUCAGUCACAAAGCAUAAACAACGGAAUGCUUAAAUUGGGUAAAGCUAUGAAGAAACACUCAGGAUAUUACGUGUUGGAGGAAUUCGAUCAUCAUGGAAGAUUGCUGAAAAAAGUGAAAGUGUAUUUAAAAGUACACGCUCCAGUGUCAAAGCCAGCACUGUCUCAAACAUGCUGGGCACCAGAACAGAUGAAUGUCAGCUGCUUCUCUGAGGGAGAUGAAGUACAAUUAAUUUUGACUCUGGACGAUCGCGUUCUGACACAAAGCAAAGACCAAUCCCUGAGCAACUGGACAGCUGAGAAGUCCAUUGUUUCAAAGGUUACCAUCAGCUUGCAUGGGAAGCUGACAGGAAACCUUAUGUGUCGAGUUUGGAACAAUGUCAGCAGAGAUGAAACAACUAUUCACCUGGUAGCCUGCAAAGGUUCUGUUACAACUUUGACCGUGGCUGUGAUCGCAAAUGUCAUCAUGCUCUUUGUCAUUGUGAUUUUGAGUAUGAUUAUAAAAAAGUUUUGCAAAAGAAGAAGACCCGCAAAGGCUAAUGAGGGUAAUUUGGAUGAUGAAAUUAUCUACACAGAUGUUAGAGUGAUAAGAAAGGCUGAUUGAAACUGCACUUU